GCCUGAGGCCCAGAUCGACCUGGCCAAGAGCCCCUCGAGCUUCGGACGCGCCCGGAGCGCUGAGGCUCAGCAGAGAGUCUGGCGACGCUGGGAGGACAGUGAUCUCCGGAUUCAUCAAGAAAAGUCCGAUGAGCGGGUUGCCCGGAAGCGUCAGCAGAUUCUGGAGGAGCUGAAGCACCGGGAGGACGAGCAGUGCACGUUCACACCGCAGCUGAUUGCCAGAAGAUCGCGAAGCUGCGAACGCCUCGGCGUGCAGUCUGGCUCUCCUGUGGCUCCCGGACGGGCAUGGCAG